UCAAAUAUGAUUAAACAGAAGCGGAAGGAGAAGGCCGGCAAAUGGGAGGUUCCCAUCCCUAAGGUUAAGGCCGUGUCCGAGAUGGAGGUCUUCAGAGCCAUAAAGACCGGCAAACGUAAGAAGAAGUGUUGGAAGCGAAUGGUGACGAAAGUGUGUUUCGUUGGCGACGGCUUCACCCGAAAACCGCCCAAAUUUGAGCGCUUUAUCCGUCCGAUGGCCCUGAGGUUCAAGACGGCGCACGUGACGCACCCGGAGUUGAGGGCGACCUUCAGUUUGCCGAUUAUCGGCGUGAAGAAGAACCCGAGUUCACCGAUGUAUACAUCGUUGGGUGUCAUCACGAAGGGAACGGUCAUCGAAGUGAACAUCAGUGAGUUGGGUCUCGUGACCCAAUCGGGGAAAGUGGUCUGGGGGAAGUACACUCAGGUCACCAAUAACCCGGAAAAUGAUGGCUGUAUUAACGCCGUACUACUCGUCUGA